AUGACAAAUGUAAAUUCAAUCAAUGGUCAAGUGUUGGUCUUAAAUGGUAACACCCCCGAAGACGUCGCUAAGGCACUAAUAAAAGGCGGUCGUCAAAAGGAACCGUUUUAUAUAUUCGACUUGGACGAAGCUUUCCGCCGCAUCGAACACUUUCAGAAAAUGAUGCCUAGAGUGCAAAUAUUUUAUGCUAUAAAAUCAAAUGACAGUGAUAAGAUGAUAAAACUGGCAGCUGCGCUAGGACUUGGCUUCGACUGCGCCUCUCCGGGGGAAAUUAACAAAAUACUGAAAUUAAAUGUAUCUCCACAGAGCAUCAUAUUUGCCAUACCAACCAAGACUACGGAAUGGAUGACAUAUGCUCGAGAAGUUGGAGUUCGUCAUACAACAUUCGACACUUCAUACGAAUUGAAGAAAAUUAAACAAUAUUGGCCAAAUGCAAGCUUAUUACUCCGAAUCGAAGUAGAAAGUGAUUGUUUAUAUAAAUUAGGAGAUAAGUUCGGUUGUGAUUUUGAAACGGAGGCCAUUGACCUUCUUGAAGAAGCUGCUGCGCUUCAUUUGAAGGUAGUCGGGGUUGCAUUCCACGUAGGCAGCGCUUGCUCAUCAAUAGACAGCCACGAAAAUGGAAUAAGACAAGCUAGAGCUCUUUUUGAUCAUGAAGCAAAAGCUGGCAGGAAAAUGUACAUUGUAGACAUAGGAGGAGGGUUUAUGAGUGACCAUAUUUCUAGGAUUGAUAAGGUUUCCAAAAUAAUAAACCGUACGUUAGAUGAAGUAUUUCCGGAACCAGACAUACAAAUAAUAGCAGAACCUGGAAGAUAUAUUUGUGAUUCGUCCAUGAACUUGUACUGUAGUAUCAACAACAUACGAAGGCAGGUGACGAAAAAAGGUGAGACAGUAAAUAUGGUCUACAUUAACGAUGGAAUCUACGGUACUUUGAGAUUCAUUGAGCCGUGGCAUAAAGUGAAGAUAUUUGGGAAGCAAUCAAACAUUAUAACUGAAAAACUCGAGAAGAUCACCUUAUGGGGACCGAGUGGCGACUCAACUGACCAACUUAUGAAAAAUUUGAAUAUCUUUUUACCUUGUUGCACGCCAGCAGAUUGGCUCGUUUUUGAUCUACAAGGGGCGUAUACUUUUGUAUUCAGUACCCGAUUUUCCUGUUUACAAAUACCUCUCAUUCGGUCGGUUGUGUCACAAAAACUAUGGAAUAAUUUAAAAUCAAACAAAGCAUUUGACCCCGAAGAUUUUGUAACAAAUCAAGAUCUGUCAACGCCGCUUCCGUCUACAUUACCACCAUUAAUUAAUAACGAAAAUCCUUUAAAAUUAAAUCAUACUUUAAAGUUG